AGAAGGUCGGCCCAUUCUGAUAUUCUCUGCGAAUUUUCGGAUGGAUUACUAGUUCCUUUUUAUUUGGAUUAAUGAAAAACAAAAGCAUGCACCGCUAACAGGGAAGAUACCAAGUGGUAACCUCACUGAUACAACUACUUGAUAAGGAUCUAAUGGAUUUCUGCAGAAUCCAGCAAUUCUAUGUUUAUAACAGACCAGAUCACCUUUGAGUUUGUCUAUAGAAAUUGUCAUGAAACGCUUCCUACAUACCUUAAGUAAUGCCGUUGGAAAAGCCUUCUCGAAAAUCCCAGGGCCAAGGUCUGUACCACUUCUUGGGACCGUUCUUGAGUAUACUGUCUUUGGUAAACACAGUUUCGAGCGGUUCUAUAAGGCGAAAGUCGAGAACUACAAGAAGUACGGUAACAUCUACCGGGAAAAGAUCGGCCCGUUCACACUGGUUCAGCUGUAUGAACCUCAUGACAUCUCGAAGGUGUUCCGGGCCGAAGGAAGGACGCCCGAGCGACCCGCUGUACCCAUUACAAUCGUGGCCAACAAGCGCGAUGAAAUACCGCUUGGUCUCGGAUCCCUCAACGGAGAGGAGUGGUACAAAUUCCGGAUGUCCCUCCAGAAACACAUGAUGCACCCAAGGGCGGCAUUUGCGUAUCUUCCCCAGCAGAACGAGGUGGCAGACGACUUCGCAAACCUCCUCGCCCAGCUCCGAGAUGACGAGGGCACCGUCAGAGAUCUCUACUGCCCCAUUCAAAGAUAUGCUAUUGAGACAAACAGUGUCAUAUGUUUUAACGCCCGUCUCGGCUGCCUUGAAAAAGCGAUCGUCCCCGGCUCAGAUGCCGACAUCAUCUCAAAAGCCACCUCAAAAGUCUUCCUCGCCAUCCAGAAAACAGCCUUCGGUUUUCCAUGGUACUUCUUUUACCGUACUAAACAGUACAAGGAAUUUGUGAAUGGACGGAAGGAUAGUGCCAGAAUCUCCAGUGUGUAUGUCAGAAAAGCUUGGGAGAGCCUACAGUCCUCUGAUAGGACUACCGACCGUGAGAAUGGUCCUAACCUUCUCUGUUCACUCAUGGGCUCCGAAAAGUUAUCAGAAGCUCAAGUCCAUGGUAUUCUAUCAGACCUAUUUACUGCUGGAUUUGACUCGGUCUCUGGUGCGUUAUCGUUUCUGCUGUAUAACAUGGCAAGGCAUCCGGAGAAGCAGCAGCGUCUGUAUGAGGAGCUUAUCACUGUCAUACCAUCUGACGGGACUAUCACUGAACAAACCUUGGCCAAGAUGCAUUAUCUCAAGUCUUGUCUGAAGGAAUCAUUUAGGCUUAAUUUUCCAAUCGAAGGAGGAACAACUCGAAUACUAAACUGUCCCAUGACGCUGGCUGGCUAUAACGUUCCCAAAGGAACGAUCAUUGCCACAAACAACCAGACCAUCUGCCGUGAUGAUAUGUAUUUCGACCAGCCAGACGAGUUUAUCCCAGAAAGAUGGCUGAAAGACGGGAGCGCCACCUUACGGCCACCGCCUAGAUUCGCCAUGUUGCCAUUCGGUUACGGCCCAAGAAUGUGCAUUGGGAGACGGUUUGCUGAACAGGCGAUUUAUCUUGCACUAAUAAAGAUUACCAAGAAAUUCACGCUUGAUUACAAUGGAGAACCAGUGGGAAUGUUGAACAGAGUUUUCACUCUGCCGGACAGACCUGUUGAUAUUAUCUUCAAGGAUAGGUAGUGAUACAAUGAAAAAACUAAUUUUUUCAAGCCAAAUCUAAGAGGUCGUCUAAGAAAUACCCAAGAGGCCAAUGAAGUUUUACAGAAUAUUUGCGACGGUCCUUAGGUGAAGGAAAGGACAAUCAGGUUGUUUUUCUGCUGACAAUUCACUAUUUCAGUGUAUUUAACACUUUAGGUUCAGAAAAUGUAUGCUUCUUGCAGACUGCACAAAGUCAAAGGAGAAAUGCGUAUGACAACAACAAAACCUGUCCUAAAAAUACCAGGGACCCAACGGCCUACUACAAGAAAAGAAAUUGUGUGUGCAUGGACCUGUGUACAAUGUACUAACAGGUAAUUCCUCUCAUAUUCAGUAGGUUUCCCAACGCGGUAACACUUUCUUAUAUCGUAUUCUUCAAUAAGUAUUACGGAAUGAAGUAUAGAUAUAUAUAAAAGAAGAAGAAUUCUCGCCGUUCUUAUGAAAUU